AUGAGUGUGCUCUGGAUUUAUUUCACUGUAGCCAACUAUUCAAGUCUCACCUCUCUCACUGUUUUCUAUUGUGUGAAGGUCACAAACUUUGCCCAUCCUCUCUUCCUGUGGAUGAAGUCAAGGAUUGACAGGCUUGUGCCCAGAAUGCUCACAAUGCUGUUCUUCAUUUACGUGGUCAUUUACCUUCCUUCAAUUGUGACUAUUUUGGCAACAGAAAAAUGCUGCAAUCUGACAGGAAACCUAACAGAGAAAAAGGUCUAUAGCAAAAUGGCUCAUGAGUACAUCAAAGCAGUGGAAUAUCCUCUGUAUCUCUCCUUCACUACUAUCAAUUUCAGCAUCUACUUAACGGCAUCCUUUCUUUUGCUCUUCUCUCUGUGGAGGCACACAAGGAAUCUGAAGAAGAAAGGAAUUGGCAUAAAGGACCUCAGCACUCAAGUGCAUAUCAGCGUCAUCAUACCCCAGCUGCUUUCUCUUUUCAUAUAUAUUUUUCAUUUUGUUUUAAUGACAAAUGUUCUGAUUCAGGCUUUUGAGUUUGGCAACACUCGGCAGCUGAUUGCUGACACUAUACUUAACUCAUGUUCUUCUGCCCACUCAGUAAUCUUAAUAUUGACCAAUCCAAAACUGAAAGGUGCAUGUGCACGAAUUCUGAGGAUCAGAGGAGGAUCCACAUCAAAACAGUUUCAGGAAAGAAGACCAUGCAGCUAA